CAGCGUCAUCACAAUGCGCCGCCUAUUUUGUCUACAGUACAGCUCAGUUUUAGCUUGUGUUCACUAGUAGCAGUAUAAUAUGGUACAUAUUCGGUCACAGUACGAUACAUAAGUCGCAUAUUAUUAAAUAAUACCGCCAGUAAUAUGUUGAUUGGCAUUUACAUAUGCAACUGGCAAAACCACCGCUAGGUAACUUAGCUGCUGUCUCUUUCAUUAGGUGAAAGAUCAUUUAGACGUUCAGCUGAACUGCUGUUCAGAAAUCAUGCCGCAGAUUUCAGUCAACUAUAUUUUAUUAUGCGGUCAGUUCUUGUUGUUCUUUACAGUGCUGCUUUUACAGUGUCUGGACGGGAUUCACUCGCAAAACUCAACCGAGUCACCCGGAAACAGAGUAACGACCAGCAAAACAGUUCUGUUCAGCGAACAACCAGGAGAAAAUGUGACGCAGAGUGUUAUACCUACUGAAACAUCAAAUCACACAGAGCAGUUCGAGUACAGCCCUUCAUCACCUGUCGUCCUCUGUCGAUACCUACCAGAGGAAUUCAUAUUCUGUCAAGAUCCAGUCGAUCACGGAGGAAAUGUCUCUGCCUUUCAGGAGCUGGGCUAUGGGUGUGUAAAGUUUGGCGGUCAAGUGUACAAAGAUGUGAACCAUACCCAGGUGUUAUGCACGGCACUGGAUGGCAUAGAGUGCGCUGGACCACGGGAGUUUCUCAGAGGCAAUGAGCCAUGCAUCAAAUACACAGGACACUACUUCAUCACCACCCUACUGUACUCAUUUUUCCUGGGAUGUUUUGGCGUCGAUCGGUUCUGUCUCGGACACACCGGGACUGCGGUGGGAAAGCUGCUCACCCUGGGUGGCCUUGGCAUCUGGUGGUUUGUGGACCUCAUUCUCCUGAUAACAGGGGGAUUGACUCCCAGCGACAGCAGCAACUGGUGCACUUUCUAUUGACAUAAAGUGGCUGUAGCUUUUCACCUUUCUCGUGCUUGCAAGUUAUAUUGAAUACACUGAAUGCAUGUGGGCUUACAUGGGCCUUAUUUGCCAUUAUUAUUUGUAAAAUACCGUUCUUCUUGUUUCUUUUGUAAAGUGUUUAUGUGAAGCAGUGAUGUAAAUAAAUGUCAUCAUCCAAGAGUAAAACUCUGUUUGAAUAUGAAUAUUUAUGAUGAUCUGAGUGUAAUCUUUAUUAAACAAACAACAAAGUUGA